UGUGCCAAUCUCUGAUAGUGGGGAAAUAUACAGAUCAGAAAUUAUUUAAAUCUCUGAACCAGUGAGAUGCAAGCCUAGCCAAAUCUAGGCUAAGGCUACCACAGUUUCGAUAAGUAAACUUGUCGUAAUUAUUUUAUGAAGCUGUAAGGCGAAGGCUCUGAGAGUCAUCAGACAAUUUGCACGAGUCCCAUGUGGUCUUCUGAACCACAGGGUCUGUCACGCUAAUUAGUUCGCUUCAAUGGCUUAGUUUGAGCGUCGAACCCGUGACGGUCAUGAGGAUUUCUGCUGCGAGGGUUUCUCCCUCCUAACCGACCAAGUAAAGAUUCCAGUUGAAGAGGACCGACUUCUUUGGGACGCGUUCUGCACUUACAAAGCUGCCCGUUUCCUUCCUCAAUCUAAUUAUCCAAUCAAGCUGAUCAGAAUGCCGCGCGGCGAUUUCAAUGUCCACUUUGCAAGCAGAGGACACGGUGGUUACGUUCGGGCAGAAGAAGCGGCAGGCAUAGCUCUUCUGGUGAUUAUUUUGGUGGCCCUUCUCCUCUUGGGAUGCUGGUACUUCAAAAGGAGGAGUGGUUACAAAAUGAUACGGAAUCCCAGAAGCAGUGUCCAGCCAUUGAGAAACACAAUGAAUACGGGUCAGUACAGUGAGGGAGGAGCCGCACAGGAGAACAAAGUUCCAAUGACUGACUUUGGUAACCUGCAACCUGUGGUACCCAACGCCCCUCCAGCCUAUGAGAAGAUAGCCUCAAGCCUACCACCUCCCCCUUACUCACCUUGAUGAGGGAGCGUCAGAUCAAAACAAACUGAUUUUUAUCUGGACUCCCAUUUUAACAAGUAGUGUGGCCAAGCUGAUGAUAAAAAUAGUCCAAACAAAUCAGUGUAAAGUUAUCUGGAGCAAUAUUUAGAUAGUCCUUACGAUGUACUUACCCUGUUUAUGUUAAUGUAUAUACCUUGCAUCAGUUUAGCAGCUUACACAAAAUGUACAGUAAUGUUGUUGGAAGACCUUGAUGUUGAAAGACCUUUUAUCAGCAACCGUAUAAUAAAAGAGCAGAAGUGACAACUGCGCAAAUCACCUUUUUGCAGUGAAUUGUACGUCUACAACAUAUGCUUUAGUUCAGUUCCAAGAGCACAUACAUUUAAUUUAUCUUGGAUGUCAAUCUGGAAAACAGUGAUUUCACUGAAACAGCAGCAACCAUGUUAGAGUACAAAGCAUUGUUUAUUUCAAUGCAGCAACAUCUGCAAUAAUGCAAGUGGUCCAAAAAUAGCCACAAUACUUGAAAAAAAUGUAAUAAAUAACUGGACUAAAGCAUUUAGGGACUUGAAACUUUGAGAAACAUACUAUUACAUAGUCAUGUACCCCCAUUUUCAGAAAUGCUUGUUUACUGUACUUCCAGUCAUUCUGUUGUGAAAAGAGAUUGGCCUUGAAUGAAAUAUAAAUGAAAUAAUUUUCAGUACAAAUACACCACCAAGUUCACUCAAAUUAAGGUCAUAAGAACAAUGAUGCCAAGCCUUCCAGAGAAUGAAGUAUUUAUGAUGUUCAGGACUGUGUUAGGCCUGUGAAAUAAACCUCACAGUGUUUUUUUAUGCUUUACAUAUAGCCCUAUUUCUUGGCAUUAAACUAAAUUAAAAAAAUAUUCCUGACCACAA